AUGCUUUCGGUUCUAGCUGCAGCUGAAGCUAUUGGCAAUAGGGCACGGAUCAUGGAUGCCGAACUACUCUUCACCGAUUUCAAUCCCAACGUCAGUGCCGUGAAUGAUAGCAGCGGAACCGGCAAUGCGACAGCCAUGGAGGAAAACUGGGUAGUGGGUUUCUCACAGUCGCUUGACGUGACUGUCAUACCUGUGAUUGUACUCGUCGGCUUUGCCGGAAAUCUUCUAUCGGCUGUCAUAUUCCUUCAGCCUAGCCUUCGUCAGACGUCAUGCUGUAUUUACCUGGCGGCUCGGGCGAUCGCUGAUAUUGGAUUCCUCACCUGUAUUUUUGUAAUAUGGCUUCCCAAAGUGGGCACGGAUGUCUUACUAGUGACGGGAAUUUGUCAACUUGUCGUGUUUUUGUCUUAUCUCACGGCUUUUGUGUCCGCUUGGUUUGUGGUGUGGCUUACCAUAGAGAAUUUCUACAGGAUAUGCCGUCCUUUUCGGAUGCAUGAGUUCUGCACGGCGAAGAAAGCCAAGCUGGUGAUAUCCUUUACUACAACCAUAGGCUGUGGCAUUUACAGCCUCUGCUUAGCCACUAACCACAUCGUGGACACAAACGGGACUAAGGAGUGCACUUGGCAAAAUAAAUAUCAGACCAUCAACAAGAUUUUGAGCUACGCUGACACAGUGCUUACAUUUCUUAUUCCACUUGUCAUCAUAGCCUUGACCUUACUAAGGACGUCUUGGUAUAUCGUAUCACGAUGCAAGAAAACGAAGAAAGUGAACAGUUCUAGCAGUCGGGAAUUGCAGAGUCGAAUGACUCAUUUGCUAUUCAUUGUCAGUUUUGUGUUUCUCUUGUUAAGCCUCCCUAGCUACAUUAUACGAUUGCGACUCGUCGUCUGUUCAUUAGUUGUGGGUAUUGCAGAUCCGUCGCCUCAGGAUUUUCUGUUACAAAGGAUUUUUCAAAAUGUUUAUUACGCCACUUUUGCCAUCAAUUUCUUUAUUUAUUUUGGGUACGCCCGAAUGUUCAGGAAGAAGUGUCUUGAGUUAUGCGGAUUAAAUGGGACGUUUUGGACGGGUCAAGUGACUAAGUACGAUGUUGCCUCGCAGGUGGACAGGGUGGAGCUAGACAACCUGAACACCGAGGAGGUGGGGGAAAUAUAA